AUUGAGCAAUGAUCCCCUUCUUGUGUUCAACUUCUAGAGCUUCUGGAGCAAGGACAAGAGGAGGAUGUCUCGUUCACAUGAAACGUCCCCUGCCGCUCAUGCGGCUCAUUCAGUCACACCAUGCCUUCAGUUCUUCAUGCCACCUUCAUACGACAACAACAACAACAACAACAAUAGUAACAAAAGUACCAUAUCGGACCUCAAGUUCCCGAUCUACACGGUUUCAGACAACCCCAUUAUGCUCUUCAAUAUCACCUUCUGUUCCCAAACUAUAUAACUCACGUUUACUUUUGUCAAAACCCAGCAACCCUUCAUGUUUUCUAAGCUCCUCAGCAUUGGAUAUUACUAAUGAAUCAGUAGAGCAUCACCAUCACUCCACAAAGGAUUUGAUCGGCAAGCCUUGUCCUGGAUGUGGCUCACCCUUUCAGACUGAUCGUCCUCAGGAGGCGGGCUAUUUGACAGGAGUAGCUUCAGAGCAGACACGAUCUACGAAUAAGGCACCGCCCAAGUCAACAGCCCCCUCAAAAGCCGAUAAACCAGACAUUGAUCCGAAUGCAACCUCCAUGUCCCAUGCUCAAUUUGAACAAUAUCUCAAAGUUCUAGAUCCGAAGAUCCUUGAAGAGAUGGGUAUCGUUACAAGCACCCCUGAGAAGAGCAGUGCAGGAACAAACACUAAUCCGGACGAGGAGUCAUCACUACUUGAUAUGAAACCAGCAGUUGCACGGACUGGUGCUCCUUCAAGGAUAGUCUGUCAUCGCUGUCAUUCGCUAUCCCAUCAUAGUUCGCCCCUGGCUGAUUCUUCAGUAUUACCCUCGAUCUAUUUUCCUUCUCCUCCAGCACCCGUACCAAAGUAUCUCGAAACAUUAGCACAAUCCAAAACUGCGACUGUUGUCCUGGUUGUAGAUCUGAUCGAUUUCCCACUUUCACUUCCUCAGCCCAUCAUUCAGGAGCUACUAAAAGUUAAGCAUCGGAAAAAAAGUGGCAGAACUUCCCCGGCUGACACCAAAAAGGAAUACCCUGUCACACCCAUCAUCAUCGUAGGCAACAAAUUCGACGUCAUGCCCCUGGGUACUCAAAAACAUCAGGUCAUCCGGGUUCUGCAGGACUAUCUCGAAAAACAUGAUCUGGCGGAGAACAUCCGGGCCAUCCAUCUGGUCAGUGCAAAGAAUCCAAGUGGAGAUGAAAUCAGGUUGCUUUUGAAGAGCAUUGGUACUGCAUGGCAUAAAUCCGGCAAGGGUAAUGUGGUCAUGGUAGGAGCAGAAAACGUAGGCAAGAGUCAGCUCCUGAAUGCGUUCCUGAAGGAAAGUGGUCGAUGGAGACCCAAUGAGCAGCAGGUUCAUCAGCAAAAGUAUGGUGAUGAACAACAAGAACGCCAAAGGAAACUACGUAUUCUUUUAGGAGAGGAGGAAGACUUUGAUAAUGCUGAGGAUAAAGAAUGGGCGGCCAUGACAGGGAUGAAUACUAUCAAUUCCGAUAUAGACAAAUAUGAGACACUGUAUAAAGGCAGAGGUCAAGAAAGACUAGUCAAGUACCAGACCACAGUUUCGAAUGUUCCCGGAACAACCAUGGAGCGGAUCAAAGUGCCGCUGAGAGUUCUGUCGAGGUUCAUGGGAGCAACAUUUAAAGAAGUUCAGACCAAGUGGCUAAUGGAUACACCCGGUAUUCGAGCUAGCAGAGGUCAAUUGACUAGUUGGCUGACACUGGAUGAGCUCAAAGUGACUUUGCCAAAGAAGAUGCUAAAGCCAAUGAGCUUUAUGCUUGAGGAAGGAAAGUCGUUCUUUUUAGGAGGACUUGUCAGAAUAGACUGUAUCUCCAUUGGAAACCCAGCAGGGGAAUCUAACACAUAUGCUACCCAGAAUGUGAAUGAUCCUCCUUCAGGAUCCGAAGACAUGUCAUCUGUCCAAGGGGAUACAGCACCUCGCCAACGAGGAUCCAAUCCUAUGCCCAAGAUUACAGUAUUCACUACACUACCUCUCCACAAGACUUCAAUCGCUUCUGCGGAUAAAUUCCUACAAAAGACAUCACAGGGCGAGUUGACGGCUUUGCAGCCCCCAUUUGGGAGUGUAGAACGUCUAUUAGCAUUUCCUGGAUUAAAACCAAUCUCUGAAAAGGAUAUAGUGAUCAUUAACCAGAACAGUACACAGAUAGAUCCGGAGAGGAUGACCGCUCGAGAAGUUGAGAAUGCGACGCGUCAGCUGUGGGGACAACGCGGGAUCUGUGAUAUAGUCUUUUCUGGCAUUGGCUGGGUCAUGAUCUCUGGUAAAUUCCAAGGCAAGGAUCAGGCUGUGAAGCUAAAGAUCUGGACACCCAAUGGCCAGGGAGCCAUGAUCCGGGAUAUGUGUCUCUUACCGGAUCUGGCAGCCAAUCCUGUAGACAAAUCUGCUGGAGGCAUUCGACAGAAACAAAAGGUCUUUAUGCCUCUACCCAAGAAGGAUUCAUCGGAGCCUAUAAUUUCUGCAGACGAGAACGAAUGAAAGAUUAGGG